AUGGGGGACGCAUGGGGGAGAGGGGUCACAGUCAAAAGACUUCCAUCUGAAGACGCUGCCUCAUCACCUCCUGUUCCUCCAAUAAAGCCCUCCCCGCCGUCCUGCCUCUAUCUGGAUGAUUCAGCCUCCUCUCUGAUCUACCCCCGCCCCUCUGAAUGCCCCCCAAAGCCCACAGGUCUCGCCGAGAGUGGACCCCAGACCAGAUACCCGGAGAGGAGACAGGAUGAAAAAAGCCUCCCCUUUGAAGUCUGUGAAAAAGUCGAUGGCCUCUUUCAUGACCGCCGUCUUUCAAGUGCACACUGUGAAGGGGGCCCCGGCUCCCGCUCCUCUCCCAACGCUAAAGACAGACGAGGCAGAAGAAAGAACCAGGAGGACCAGCCACUCUUUGGCAGCUCCGGCGGGGGGCAAAGUCAAGGCUUUUUUGCCCAAUCUGCCCAGAAAAAGCGAAGCUAA